CGUCUCGUGUCACGUGUACAAUAUAGCAAUCAGUAGCGUUUAAUUCACCGUACUUCAGACUGUACGGACAAUUCAACCGUCUUCGGUUGUGGACCGUCAGCGGUGGUGUCGGACUAUCUAUCAGACACGAGGGGCGGGGCCGAACUCGGGGGGCCGAUCCUUGACUGUUAUCAGGAUCGCCAGACUUCCAGCCAGCUAUCUCCUAUCUCCCUAUCUAUCAUACCAGACCUCCAGAUUGGCGAUCAACUUUGCCAUCAAGCUUGCGCCAAACAGGCAACCCCAGCGCAGCCAAUCACCACCACCACCACCACCAUGUCUCUCACCGUGCUCACUGACCGCACGGUCACAGGCCUCCUCACGUCCCUGACCGCGCCCACCCUCCAGCCCAUCCUCACCAGCCUCGGGUCCGCGCUGACGACCUACGCCCUCGACGGCGCCGAAAAGGCCCACCAGCCCCACCGCGCCGUCGUCAACCGCAGUGGCCAGGUCAGCCUCUUCAUGCCCUCGUCCACCACGUCGCACAUUGGCACCAAGAUGGUCGGCGUCACGCCCGCCGACAAGCAGACCUCCAAGACGGCCGCGGGGCUCAACAGCGUGCUCACGCUCUGUGACGAGACUGGGCGCGCUGUCGGUGUCCUCAACGCCGCUGGUCUGACGGCCUUUCGCACCGCCCUGGGCAUCAUGCUGCUCUAUCGCUUCCGCGAGGUCACGGACAGCAUCGUCGUCUUUGGCGCCGGUAAGCAGGCCCUGUGGCAUAUUUUGCUCGCGCUCGUCCUCAAGGGCGACGCCAUCCGGGAGAUUGUCGUCGUGAACCGCUCCCGGGAGCGGGCGGAGCAUCUGCUGCAGAGCGUCGAGCAGAGCGGCGCGUCGACGGACAAGAUCCGUAUCUUUGACGCGGAGAAGGAGUCGUUGGAGGACGUCGUCACGGCGGCUGAUGUGCUGUUCUGCACGACGCCCUCGACGACACCCCUGUUUCCUGCCUCGUGGCUGCUGACGGACAAGGCGAGGCGCAAGACGAGGUUCAUCUCCAUGAUCGGGUCGUAUCGGCUGGACAUGCAGGAGAUAGACCCCGACUAUCUGCGCAAGGUUGUCGACGUCGGGUCGGAGUUGGCCAAGGAUGUGCUGGGCGCACAGGUCGCGGUUGACACGAGGGAUGGGUGCCUGGCCGAGGCAGGGGAGCUGGCCAAGGCCGGUAUCGAGGGCGACAAGAUGCGCGAGGUGGGUGAGAUUCUAGACGCGCAGGAGAAAGGCUCCGAGGCUGGGCUGGAUGCGUGGUUGAAGAGGGGGCUCGUGGUGUAUAAGAGCGUGGGCAUUGGCAUCAUGGACAUUGCCGUCGGGUCGUCGCUGCUGGACCUCGCUCAGAAGGAGGGCGCUGGGACUACGGUCGAGGACUUUUAGACGUCUAUGAAAUGAAUAAGUGAAAUGAAUAAAUCGUCGACGACAAUGGUGUUCUGUGUGAUCUUGGUGAGAACGUGUGAUGUGAGUUCUUUAAGGUUAAGCAUCCAAGUGACUGAGCGCAGUAAAUCACAAGAGAAAGAGGUACUUGACUUUACUAAUAUUGUGUG